CCUCCCUUAGUUCCUGCAAGCGACGAUUGUCUUUCAGUCUCGUUCACUUCAGGGAAAUGAGAACGGAGGAGUUGUUUGAAGAGGCAGAGAAACUGGAGAGGUUGGGCAAGAGGGAUGAGGCGUUACAAUUUUACACACAGUUUAUUGAAGAUGCAUCGAUAAGGCUGAAAAACCUCAACGACCAAAAUGAACGGAGCGCACUUCAGAAAAAGCUUGGACUUGCUUACAACAAUCGUGGAUUUAUCCUGUACCAGAAAGUGGAGUUUGAUGAGGCAAUUAAUGACUAUACGAGAGGUCUAGGCUGCGACCAACAUAUGUCCUUCACCUUCUACAACCGUGGACUUAUACACUACCGGCUUGGGAGGUUUGAUGAAGCCAUCAGCGACAUGAAGCAAGCCCUGUCCAUUGAGCCUGAGUUUGAGUCUGCACAGAUCUGUCUCAAACAGUCUAUGGAAGAUCUCAACAAGAGGAAGACAAACAUUCAUACCUGAUACUAUAAACUCAACUUGCAGCUAAAGGGAGAUAACUGGUCAGACUAAAGGGAGAUAACUGUCUUGAUUGUUGAAUGUGCCAAGAUGUCAUUUUCAAUUGAUCAGCAGUGUGUUAAGUUUACAGAAGUUGUGAAAACAAACAACAGGACUAUUUCUGUGACUCAGAGAUGAUUUUCAUUCAUGCAGAAGAGGGUGAAAACAAGGUAGUCCUAAAAAAUUACAAAAAAACUGGACAAUUCAAAGAAUAGGCCAAAAUGGAUCUAUCUGUGUUGGCUAUUUGCUAAAGAUGACAGCCAACAGAUUUAGUGUAGGUCUAGAAACAUUUUGAACAUUUUCCAGGAAAGACCAACAAAAGAAAGCACAGGUACCUGUCCUCUUGUGUUGUUCUAUAUCUGUGGCUCAUACUGAACAUUAAAAAUAUGUUGAUGUUGAAUUGUACUGUGGUAGGCUGUGGUCUUGUGAAGACUGUUUCUUACCAACUAGUUCAGCUCAGUUGUCUAGGAAACACAUGCUUAAUGGAUUUGUGGUAAAUUUGGUAGAUGGUGUAUUUAUUAAAGGUAGUCUGUAUGAUAUUCCACACCAAGACACAUAAAAGAGGAGGGGGAAUGGACGGCCACGUUAUCUAAGAUACCAAAAUUAAGCAAUGCCUGGAUCACUUAUUGUGGGUUCGGAUCCUGCCUGGCUAGUCAUUAUACUGUCAUUAUACCAGUGAUCUUGGGCUUUACCGAAAUGAUACGCGUCAUGUGUCACCUGGAUGACGUGGGUGGCCCAGUCAUCUAAGGCACCGCAAUUCGUUCUGCAGAGUUGCAUCCCUUGGGCACGCCAGAAGUCUAGGAUCAUGGGUUUGAAUCCUGGUUUGUCCCAAUUAUGUUUUUAGGUGAUAUAAGUGGAGUACUCUUCAAUGCGGCGUUAAACCCAACUCACUCACUGAGGUGUCACCUUGGGUUAUUCUCCCACAUAAUGCUGACAUGAACUGGAAGUCUACAGGGUGGCAUUGAACCAAACUCUAAUUGCUGGACAUUAUUGUUCCAAAAGUGGUUGGUUGUCGAUGAUCAGUGAUUCUUAUCAGUUUAUAAUCAUUAGAAGUUUGAAAACAUAGACAACUAAUCUAUAUGUAAUUAAUAGACUUUGGUGAAAAUCAAGAAAUUUUAAACAUGAUUGGGUGAGUGAAUUUGGCUUAAUCUGCAGAUCUGCCAAACCAGUGGUUGAUCACAGGCUCACAUCACAGACUGCCUGGGAACAAUUACAUAGUUAACCAGAUCACAUAGAUGUAGGGACCCAUUCUAUUUCAUCAUGGUGGCUGACUAAUUGGGUGUGGACUAUACACCUGGAUGGUCAACAGUGCCAGCUGUGAUCCAUGUUGUCAGAAACACAACUGACCAAGGUCCCAUUCCACAGUAUUAGUUGUGUGUGUGGCAUGGUUCUCGUAAGUAAAUGUUCAGAUAUGAGAUGGACAAGUUGUAGUUUUAAGAUCGAACCCAUGCUGAUUCCAGGUUUGACUUGUUCCCUUGCUUGGUGAGGCCACUUGAUGGGUUUGUUUGUUUGUUUGUUGUUUAACGCCGCACUCCGCACUAUCCAGCUACGUGACGGUGAUCUGUAAAUAAUCAAAAUCAUGAGCAUCCAUCCACGCAAUUGGCAUACGAUGACAUGCAUCAACCAAGUCAGCGAGCGUGAUCACCAGAUCCCAAUAGUGACCUCUUUCGACAAGCAUGGGUUGCUUGAAGACCUAUUCUGCCCCAACUCUUCAUGCAUCUGAGUGGUCAGACUUAGUCUUAGUCACGAUUUAGUGUCAUCAUGCCUCAACAGCUUGGAUCAUUCACAAGAUAAAUAGCUGGUUUGUCAUGUCCACAUUUGAUUAUUUACAGACUGCUGGAAUAUUGCAGAGUGUGUAGUUAUAUGACAAAGCCAUGAUUGCAGGAGACAACUGGGCCCUUUAUUGUUACCACCUUCAAUGUAGUUACCUCAGGCACUGGGGACCCACGUCUCUGGUAUGUCCAUUAGCGGUCAAUCUCAUUAAAAUCAGAUCUCAGUUCUCGCUAUUGGUAAAUAUAGAUCUAAAGACAUCCCAUUUCAGGUAGGACGACCUUUCGCGAACUUUGACCGACCAAUGAAAUAACUAACAAGUAGUUGACAUCAGCCAAUCAGAAAGCAGCUUUCCCCAGGUUAAUGACACUUGUUUCAAAUAGUGACUUCCAAUCCAGACUACGCUUUGAACAUAUAUAUCGAUUCAAAAUUUGAAAACUGAACAAAAGAAAAUUGUGGAAUGACCGAUAUUGUAUGGCAGUACCCGGCACAAGGUUAGAGUCACGACGUCCAGCCUGUAACUGUCGUUUGGAAUACCAUGUGUUGACCUUUUCAAGGUUCCAUGAUUAGAAACCACAUUCCGACUGUCACUUUCCCCAUCUGGUAAGCGACGCUCUGAUGGGUUGGAUGAAAGGUCAUUCUGACGUGACCAGUAAUGGGAUGUCCUCAGAUCUUUGUUUAGUGGUAGCAAGAACUAAGAUCUUAUUUUAAUGAGAUUGAUUAGUGUAGACCGGUGAAGUUUGUGAAUGUACUAUUCCAUAUCAGUAUGUGGUUAUUACUAAACCUAUGUAAGAAUCCAGUGACUUGCAUCUUGUAGGACGUUGUACCAAUAUGUGACUGUUAGAUAUUCGACAUUUGUACUACAUCAGCUUUGCACAGUGCAUUUUAAUUUGUAUGCUUGUGAAAAUGUCUAAUUUAUUCAUCAGUAAUUAAUCUUGAUAUGAUUUCUGUAAAAAUAAAGUGAUAGAUGAAAGUAGACUUCUUAUGUUAAUUGAAAGUUGAUCUCUUCAGUGUUCCAAAUUUAGAUAGGGAAUACCUGUAUGACUCUAUUUGUGGAGGGGGGGAGGGUGCGGGGGGAUGAUAUUAAUCGUGUUAGGAAAACAUAUCAUGCUGCUACAGUGCUAUUAGAUUAUUAGAUUAUUGGAAAACCGUUUUUAGUAUUUCACAAAUGUGUAAAGUUGUAAAGAAGCUAUUUAUUAGGAACGAAUAUCUUUGUUGUAAUAUACUCUUCUGUGAAGAGUCCAAAUUGAAAUCUUUUUGCUCAUUUACCAGAUUCAUGGUCCUAGGUAAUUCAGUUUGACAAAAUAUAAUAUUACCUGAUAUUAUUUUAGUAGAUAUUUAUUUUUUUAACUUGGCGGAGUUGAGAAAUGUUGAAUUUUUCAGAACUAAACUGCUAAGUGAGUGCUAUUUUUUAAUAUUUUACAUGUUGAUGACAAAAGCAAGAUCUAGUAAUACAUUUGUCCUGUGAGCAAGGACAACAAUAUGUGAUAUUAUGCAGAAUAUUAUGUAGUGAGUGAGGAAUAUGCAAAUGGAAUCAAAAAAUGAAUUUUGUUAAUAUCUUUAAGUGGCAUAAAAUACCUUUCAAAGCUUUCCUAAUCUACUUCUCCAGACAAUACAUACAAUUCAUAAUAAAGAAUAUAGCUACUACUGCUACUGCUAUAAGAUCUGAUUUGAAUGAGAUUGAUUCUAACCCCUUUUUCCUGCAGUAAGUAGAAUAGGUUGGACAUUUCUUGUCAGCUUUCGACACUCAUUUCAUGCUGUAAUAUUCAUGUUUUUAGCAAUCUUCUGAUGAAAAAACAGCGCUUUCAAACCAGAAACAAACUUCUGCGUUAGGGCAUGUAGGGUUAUCAUUGUAUUACUUAAUGAAGUAUAUUCCAACAGUGAUAUCAUAUACCACGAACUGGAGAUUUAAUUCCUUUAGUGUUUCCUGGUGGGACUCUGUGUGUUAUGUUUUUUACAUUGUAAUAUUUGCUCAAAAGCUGUUGUAUGAAUGAAUAGCGGUACAUGUUUUAUGAAGUCAGUAUUGAAUAAACAUUGCCAAACUUUG